GGCAGGAAUACUCACGGCCGACUUUGCGUCAGGACUCGUCCACUGGGGGGCAGACACAUGGGGUUCCGUCGAUAUGCCAGUUUUUGGAAAGGCCUUCAUACGACCCUUCAGAGAGCAUCACAUCGACCCCACGGCCAUCACCCGACACGACUUCAUUGAGACCAACGGAGACAACUGCAUGCUGACCAUAGUUCCUCUCGUGAUCAUGGCCUUCAACUUCCUCACCCUCAGCCCUGCUGAGAUUUACCAUAUCUACCCCUGGUACUGCUACUUGUUUGCUCUUGCCAUCUUUGUGACCCUCACCAACCAGAUCCACAAGUGGUCGCACACGUACUUCGGCCUCCCCCGUUGGGUUGUGCUCCUGCAGGACUUGCACAUCAUCCUGCCUCGCAAACACCACCGCGUACAUCACGUCUCCCCACACGAGACGUACUUCUGCAUCACCACAGGUUGGCUGAACUACCCGCUGGAGAAGCUGGGAUUCUGGAGGAACAUUGAGGACGUAAUCCAGAGUGUGACGGGAGAGAAGCCCAGAGCGGACGACCUGAAAUGGGCUCAAAAAGUCAAGUAACGCUGCAGACUAACUGGACCCUACCUCACAGGCCGCUGACCGCCGCUGCCCACGGCCGGGGCCUCGCCUCCCUGUUUUUGCCUCACUUGGUAAAACAUAGGAGAGACGAAAAAAACAAACAAAAAACUAACACUUUCUGAUGCCAUAGCUUUAAGUCAUUUUACAGCUUUUUCAGAGGAGUUCCCGGUCAUUUGAAACUCACGUUAUUCACUCAUGGAGAUGAUUGUUUAAAAUUGCAAUAUAUUCCGUUUUUUUUUUAUUUAAGUAGUUUUUUUUUGUUGUUUUCUUGGAAUGACUUACAGUAGCUUUGGCCUAAAUGAAUUGGUCGGAUAAAUAUCUGAAAAGCACUCCUUACUCACAUCUAAUGAUCUAAUGACAGAUACAUGAAUGUGUGAACACAGUUUUUGUUCCUUACGACCUGAAGUUGAAGCAAAUAUUUAUCAGAGUUUAUCUUUUUUUCUCAUGUCUACUCUGGUGUGGAAUAAUACGACUGGAUUUGGGUCAUAAUAAGAAAUAGGGCUGGUUCAACAGGACGCUUUAUUAAUGCUAAUGAACAAACUGUUUGAUUACUGUUACAUUUGUUGAUUGUUUGUUUUUACAACCAAACUUUCUUUUUUUUUCCAGUAUUUUUAGUAUUUAAGUUUAGCCAAAAUCACAACAGCCUGAAGUCUGCCACUGGCCUAUAAAUGCAUAUAAACCAUUGGUUCCCAACCACUGUGCUGCGGUACAUUAGUGCGCCAUGAGAGAGCAUGGGAUUGGC